AUAAUACCAUUUGACCCCAAAAGACCCUCUCACCUCUAAGCCUCCGCCGUUCGCAAACCCUUUCCUUUACUUGCUCCUCCGUCUCUCUCUGCUACUGUGAAGAGGAGAAAUGCCUCCAAAACGCCUCUCUCCCCUAGAAGACCCUCCAGCAGCUUCAUCCUCUGAGGAUGAUGAUGAUGAUGAAGAAGAAGAAGAUCAUGAAGGUGAUGAAGAAGAAGAAGAGGACGAUGAUGAAGAGGGAGAAGACGAUGGCAAGCAAGUUAAAGCUACAGCUCCGACUUCCGCCGACAAAAAAUCACCAGUCAAGAAGGCUACUGCCAAUCCCGUGGCUGCUCAAAAUCCGGUCACCCGAUCUGUUGUUACUAGCCAUACAUCCGACGAUGAAGAUGAUGACGAGUCUGGUACAGAAUCCGGUUCUGAUUCUGAACCUUCUCCAGAAAAGUCUGGUCGCCCCUCUCGAAGUGCCGAUCCAAACAUAAAACCCAUUUCCUCCAAGCCCAUGGACGACGGCUCUAAGUCUAAGAAGAAUCCGGUGAAGCCCUCUGCUACGCCCGCUGUGUCGACCCCUCAGGCUAAGUCUACUGCCCAAGGUAAGCGCCCUACCGAGUCGGACAAGGAUGAUGUUAAGGAUUCCAAGAGAAGAAAGAAGAAGGCUGUGGAUGAGGAAGAGGAUGCUGGGGUGUCUGAGGAUGCGGAGAAGAAGCCUGGGGACGAUAAGAAGAAGCAACUGUUUCAGAGGCUGUGGACCGAGGAUGACGAGCUUGCGAUCUUGAAGGGCAUGCUUGAUUACUACUCGAAGAAAGGCACAGACCCAUCUACUGAUAUGAAUGCCUUUCAUGAUUUCAUUAAGAAAUCUCUCCAUGUUGAUGUAUCCAAGAAUCAAUUGACUGACAAAAUCAGAAGACUAAAGAAGAAGUAUCUUAAUAAUGCUGGCAGGGGAAAGGAGGGCGAGGACCCGGUUUUCUCAAAGCCUCAUGAACAUAAGGCCUUUGAGUUGUCGAAGAAAAUAUGGGGUUUGGACUCUGCUAAUGAUGUUGUCAACGAUCAAACUGUCAUCAAUGGAAAAUUGGGUACGUCUCGUAAAGCUAAAAACCCUGUUGGUUCGCCGCAAUCAAAAGCCAAUCAACUGGUUUCAGAGGUUUCGAAGGUUGCUUCUGUGAAAGCAGAAGAGGAAAUCGACUGGUCAAUGUACCCAAAUUUGGCCGAGUCUUUCCAGACUCAGAAAGAGGCGAUGUGGAUUAUGAGCAUGCCGAGAAUGGGGGACAGUAUUGUGAAGGAAGGUUUACGUCUGGUGGGUACCUCAAAGUUGAAAGAACUGGAACAGAAAUGGAGUAAGCUGCGGAAGGAAGAGAUUGAUCUUUUCUUCAGGCGUAUGGAGUUGAUGCGGGAGCAGGUUAAGCAGUUGCAGGAAGCGUCAGGAAGCGUCUGAUCUAAAAAAAUGAGUUGUGGUCAGGUAAUUAGUAGUUUUCUGGGACAUAUGUAAAUGGCGCAGGAAAGAAAGUUGCUAGGUUUUUUUGGGGUUAUUGAUGAUCGGUGAGGUUUCAUCAUCCUAGAAGAUAAUAUUUUUUGAGUUUUGUUUCAGUCUUGGUGCGACUAAUUGUUAUCUUAUUCUGGUUAAGUAUAGUAGUGAUUUUGUUGUCUUA